CUCGGGAGGGAGGGGCAGAGACCCCGCGUCGCCUCGCCGACGCCUCCUCAUCUCCUGCAGCAGGCUGGGGCUCAGCGGCUUGAAGCUCCUCUUGUCCCAGGACAGUCUGGUGAACAGCACCUGCCGCCCCUUGGGCCCCGUGGGCACCGCCUCCUCCGGAGCCAGAGCCGCCACCUGGAUUCGGGGAGGGAGGAGGAAGAGCUCGGCAGCGCCCGGGUCGCCGAGCUCCCCACGGAUACUGGGCCAAGUCCAACUGGCACCAAGUGCAUUUACGUUUCAGCCGAUCGAUGCGGAUCUAGCCGGUGCCCUUUGGGAGCUGACCGUCUCAAACCCUGCAAAACGGACCCAAGGACACAGUGAUACUCUGACUACACUAAAGCCACCUGAUCCGCUAAGAGCCCCACGCGAGACGGAGACUGCGUCCGACCGGAUUCUCUUGUGACGACUCCGGCGCGAAGCUCAGAGAUUGGCACACACGGGCCUCCCCGUGCGGCCCGGAACCGAGUGGGACGGAGCAAGAUGGCGAACCGCACGGUGAAGGAUGCCCACAGCAUCCACGGCACCAACCCGCAGUACCUGGUGGAGAAGAUUAUCCGCACCCGCAUAUACGAGUCCAAGUACUGGAAGGAGGAGUGCUUCGGCCUCACGGCGGAGCUGGUGGUGGACAAAGCCAUGGAGCUCCGGUUCGUGGGCGGAGUGUACGGCGGCAACAUCAAGCCCACGCCCUUCCUCUGCCUGACCCUGAAGAUGCUGCAGAUCCAGCCUGAGAAGGACAUCAUCGUGGAGUUCAUCAAAAACGAGGACUUCAAAUACGUGCGCAUGCUGGGGGCUCUGUACAUGAGGCUGACGGGCACCGCCAUCGACUGCUACAAGUACCUGGAGCCCCUCUACAACGACUACCGCAAGAUCAAGAGCCAGAACCGGAACGGGGAGUUCGAGCUGAUGCACGUGGACGAAUUCAUCGACGAGCUGCUGCACAGCGAGCGCGUCUGCGACAUCAUCCUGCCCCGGCUACAGAAACGCUACGUCCUGGAGGAGGCCGAACAGCUGGAGACCCGGGUCAGCGCCCUGGAGGAGGACAUGGACGACGUGGAGUCUAGUGAAGAGGAGGAGGAGGAGGACGAGAAGCUGGAGCGAGCCCCCUCCCCGGACCACCGCCGCAGAAGUUACCGAGACCUGGACAAGCCGCGACGCUCCCCCGCCCUGCGCUACAGGAGGAGCCGGAGCCGGUCCCCGAGACGGCGCAGCCGAUCCCCCAAGAGGAGAAGCCCUUCCCCCCGCCGGGAAAGAUACCGGAGCAAGAGCCCGCGGCGGCACCGCAGCAGGUCCCGGGAGCGACGGCACCGAUCCCGAUCCAAGUCCCCAGGACACCACCGGAGUCACCGGCACAGGAGCCACUCAAAGUCCCCAGAAAGGUCUAAGAAGAGCCACAAGAAGAGUCGGCGAGGGAACGAGUGACGGACGGCGUGGUGCUGACGGGUGGCGUGGUACCGGCGCACGGGCCGGCCUUCCGGGGGAGGUGUACGGGACUGUCGGACGGUGGCCCCCC